CGAACUGCAGAAACGUACACAAAAACUAUCAAGUUAGCAGCCAGUCAGAGAGAGAGAGAGAGAGAGAGAGAUGGCCCCUGCUACUGCUCGCAGCUUCUUCCACCCACAGCACUUGGUUGUAAGCUACAAUUACGAUGGGUCGUCGACCUACGACUGCGCCGCGUGCAAGCGCAUAGUCACCGGCACCGGCUACCGCUGCGACGAGUGCGACUUCAACAUCCACGAGGCGUGCUUCAGCCUCCCGCGGUCCAUCUCCUUCGACCAGCACCCCGAGCACAAGCUCACUCUCAUCCGCCUGACCGCCAGCCGCUGCUGCGACGUCUGCAAGGGCCCCUCCCACGACGGGAGCUACCUUUACCGCUGCGUGCCGUGCAGCUUCGACGUACACCCGCGGUGCAUGCCGCCGCUGGAUGAUGGGGCUCAGCCCCAGCAGCAGCAACCGCCGCCGCAGGGUCAGGAACGGAAUGUGGUCUCAAGCCUUUUCAAGUGGGGCGUCAACGUCGGCAUCGUUGGCUUCAGAGUGGUGGACGAUGUGGUGACCGGUGGGUCCCUGUCGCCGGUCCUCGACGCCAUACAAAUGGCGGCUGAUGCUCUCUAGGACAGCAGACAGGCAUGCAUGUUGGCACCGCUAGCUGUGCGCCUGUGCGGCGUCCAAUAUCUACUACCCUCAAGUAUUUUCUCUGUUUUUUAAUCUCUGAACAAAACACUACCGUCAUGUAUUAUCAUCGACUUCGUAUUUUUGCUUAAUCGCUCCAGCCGUAUGUACUGUCUAAAAAUGUAACCGUGCACUUAUGUUGUUGCUUCUUCCCCUUCAUAUGAAAAUAACAGAUGGGUGUUCAUGCUUCAA